AUGAAAUAUUUCUUUUUGUUAGCUCUUGUUCUUGUCGUAUUUUCAAGAGAACAAAUCGAUGAUGUUGAUGGGGUCUUACAACUUAAUAAAAAAAAUUUCUAAUAGGCUGUUGACGAGAAUCCAAGAUUGCUAGUUAAAUUCUACAUUGACACAUGCGGAUAUUGGUAUUCAUGUUUACUUAAUCUUAAACAGCAAAAAGAUGAAGCCUGUCUUCAUUCAAUUGGCAGGAUUGUUGAAAGAAUAUGGAUUUGUUUUGGGUGAAGUGAAUGUUCAUGAAAAUAAAGCUCUUAGCGCCAAAAAUAAUAUUAAGUCAUACCCAACACUCAAGCUUUUCCGAAAUGGUGUUCCUUAGGACUUUCCUAAUUCAUCAGAUUCAGUUGAAUUGCUCUUUGAGUUUGCUCUCCAAAAUGCUUACGAUUAAAUUACUAAAUUCAAUACUUAGGAUGAAGUACAAUUAAUAUUCAUUAAGCAUAGAUUGAUCUCUUCUUGAAAAGAACCAAUUUUGCAGUUCUCAAAUAUGUGAAUAACAAUGAUGAUUUAUAACAAUUAGUAGAUGAAAAUCUAGGAAUCAAAUUUGGUAUUGUUGAGAAUCCGGAACUCCAACAAGCUCAUCCAUCCAAAUACACUUUGUAUCAUAAGGAAAUACCAGAACCACUUAAUUACAAUGGCGAAAUCGAUGGAUUUUUAGAAUGGAUUUUAACAAAUGGUUAUCCUGAAGUUUUUACAUUAACAGAGGAAGAAUUUGUUAAAGCAGAAAGAGAACAAAUUUCCUUGAUUGCAGUGGCUGAUGUAAAAAAUAGUCAGUUACAUGAACAUUUUAAAGCCUUGACAGAACUGUAUAAAAACAAAAUUCGUUUCGUCCUUAUUGAUCCUAAUUCAAAACUCCCUAACAAAAGAUUCCAGUACUUGAUCAAAAAGAAAGCAAUUGCUAAGAAUUCUAUUUAUUUUUACAAUUACGAGUAAUCCCAUAUUAUUCUAUAAUAGGACUAAAAAAACAAAUACAAUUGAAUUAAUAGGGGAUUCAUUAGAAACAUUAAAAAAGUUAAUCGAGACUGUGAUUUUAGAAUCAAAUAUUUAACAAGAGCCUAAAACCGUUGAUUCUGGUGCCUUUUUCUAAGGAGAUGGACAAGUUCAUGUUUUGACCACAGCUAAUUUCAAACAUUAGGUGUAUGAUAAUCCAAAUCAUGUAUUUGUUAAAAUUUAUGCUCCAUGGUGUGGUCAUUGCAAGAAAUUAGCACCUGCCUAUGAAGAAUUAGCUUAACAGUUGAAUAGAUAGGAUAUUGUGAUUGCUGAAGUUGAUUUUACUGCUGAUAAAAUUGAAGGCAUUGAGAUUCAAGGAUAUCCAACUUUAAUCUUUUUCAAGUCUGAAGGAGGUUAAAAGCAAAAAGUAGAAUUUAGCGGAUAGAGAACAGUUGAAGGAAUGAAAAAUUUCUUAUUGAAAUCCUUAGAGACUGACUCUAAGACUCAACCAGAAAGUGAGUUAACUGAGGAAUCUCAAGACGUGAAGGAAAUUGAUAGAGUUGAUAUUCCCAAUGAUGGAUAAGUAAUUUAAUUGACAGCAGAAAAUUUUGAACAUUUUGUAUUGAGAAGCAAAUAGGAUGUUUUAGUGAAAUUUUAUGCUCCUUGGUGUGGACAUUGUAAGGCUAUGGCAGCAGAUUAUGUGAGAUUGGCAGAUGAAUACAAGGAUAGCAAAAAUGUGUUGAUUGCUGAAAUCGAUGCCACAGUUUAUAGAAUACCAAUCGUUGAGAUCAAAGGAUUCCCCACUUUGAUUCUAUUCAAAAAGGGAAAUGUACGAGUAAAACAAAUUAAAUUCAAUGGUAAGAGAAUUGCUUAAGUGAUGAAAACAUUUAUAGAAGAAAACGGAAGUUUUGCUUAAAAGAAGGAUUUAUGAUUCAUAUGAAUUUAUAUGUUAAGAGAGUUAAG